AUGAAUCUAAAAAUAUAAAUUUACAGGGUGUGGUUUUGCAUUUGGAGAGGAUAAAGAAAACAAUACAUAAGAUACACAGUUGAAUCUCAAAGUGAUGAUUAUGAUUACAGAACUUUAAGUAAAUAGAGAUUUAUUAUAAUAGUAUGGUGUACUAGACAGUUGAUGCAAUAAUUGUUAAAUCUAUUUUUGAACUAGCAAUUUUAGAAAGAUCUAGAUUCUUUUUUGUUAGUUUAUGUGUAGCAUUUAUCACAGCAGUAUUAUACCCAAUAUUAUUACAUUAGAUUCAACUUACAGGAAUAUAAGUAUUAGAAAUGA